CGCUCGCCCAGCGCCCGUGUGUGGGCGGGAGGCCAGGACAUGCUCACUGGGAGAGCGUCGCGCCGCGCCGCGGCUACCGCACAUGCUCCGUGGGCGCCGAGGGCACCGUCGGAGACUGGAGGUUUCUCUGAAGCUUAAUCCUCAAGAUGAGGUUCUUACUAGCAGUUUUCUUUUUCAUCUCGUUCUCCUUAUGGGUUGAAGACGUCUAUUCCAAAGAGAAGUCUUCAAAGAAAGGAAAGGGGAAAAAGAAGCAGUAUCUAUGUCCAUCCCAGCAAUCAGCUGAAGACCUUGCAAGAGUACCUGCAAACUCUACCAGCAAUAUCUUGAAUCGGCUGUUGCUCAGUUACGAUCCCAGGAUAAGGCCUAAUUUCAAAGGAAUUCCAGUCGAUGUUGCAGUCAACAUCUUCAUUAACAGCUUUGGGUCAAUUCAAGAGACAACUAUGGAUUAUAGAGUCAAUAUCUUUCUAAGACAGAAGUGGAAUGACCCCAGGCUCAAACUGCCCAAUGACUGGAGAGGUUCAGAUACGCUGACAGUGGACCCAACUAUGUUUAAAUGUCUUUGGAAGCCGGACUUAUUCUUUGCAAAUGAAAAAAAUGCUAACUUCCAUGAUGUCACACAAGAAAAUAUCCUUCUUUUUAUAUUUCGGGAUGGAGACGUCCUAGUCAGCAUGAGAUUGUCUAUUACUCUGUCAUGCCCUUUGGACUUGACCUUGUUUCCUAUGGAUACACAGCGCUGCAAGAUGCAAUUGGAAAGCUUUGGCUAUACAACUGAUGACUUACGAUUUAUCUGGCAGUCUGGAGAUCCUGUACAGCUAGAGAAAAUUGCUCUGCCUCAGUUUGAUAUUAAAAAGGAGGAUAUCGAAUAUGGUAACUGUACCAAGUAUUACAAAGGCACAGGUUAUUACACUUGUGUAGAAGUAAUCUUCACUUUGAGAAGACAAGUUGGAUUUUACAUGAUGGGUGUUUAUGCUCCUACACUGCUAAUUGUUGUUCUAUCCUGGCUGUCAUUUUGGAUCAAUCCUGAUGCAAGCGCUGCAAGAGUCCCACUGGGUAUUUUCUCAGUGCUCAGCUUGGCAUCUGAAUGUACCACUCUUGCCGCUGAACUUCCCAAAGUGUCCUACGUGAAGGCCUUAGAUGUCUGGCUGAUUGUUUGCCUGCUCUUUGGGUUUGCGUCCCUGGUGGAGUAUGCGGUGGUUCAGGUAAUGCUGAACAAUCCAAAGAGAAUUGAAGCUGAAAAAGCAAAGAUUGCCAAGGCAGAGCAAGUGGAAGGGAAGGGUGGAAAUGCUGCCAAGAAGAACACGGUGAAUGGCACCGGGACUCCUGUCCACAUCAGCACUUUACAGGUUGGUGAGACCAGAUGCAAAAAAGUUUGCACUUCGAAAUCUGAUCUGAGAUCCAAUGAUUUCAGCAUCGUUGGAAGCUUGCCAAGGGAUUUUGAAUUAUCGAAUUAUGACUGUUAUGGGAAGCCCAUUGAAGUCAACAAUGGGCUCGGGAAAUCUCAAGCCAAGAACAACAAGAAGCCUCCUCCUCCCAAGCCUGUCAUUCCAUCAGCAGCAAAGAGAAUCGAUCUUUAUGCAAGAGCACUGUUCCCUUUUUGCUUCUUGUUCUUCAACGUCAUAUACUGGUCCAUAUAUUUAUGAUAAACCUUUUAUUUAUUUUUUUCAUAUGUGUAAAAUAUAUCCCAUUUCAUUACCCCUUCCCAGUCAUGAAGGCCACUGUGUGAAAUUAUUUGCAUUUGCAAAGCAGUAUGUUGCAUCUUGAUGCCAUGCGAUUGUACUGAACAUAUGGCAUCUGAAACGUGAAUGAAAGCAUGACACUGCAAUGUCUGUGCUCCGACCAACAUUGUAUAUAAAUGUACAGCAUACAUCCUGCUUUAGGAAUAUAUAUGAAGGACAAUGCAUACUACAUUAUAAAGCUGAAUAACGCUCCUCAGUUAUUAGUAACAUACAGAGAUUUAAAGUGUUUCUGACGAUGAAACUGAUGUGCACGUUGAGUAUUAUUAAAAUCAGUAUUCUAGUAUAUGUAGUAUUUAACAGCUUUUCUGCUGACUUCCAGAGGGAAAAAAAAAACAACCAAACAUCUUGUUAUUGUAUAAUUUUAGAUGGCACUGUUGAAGAAAAAGCUAAGAUGUAAUUCACAUUAUUUAGACUUGGUAAGUGAAGGCAGCAUUGAACAAGCUGAUCUUGUCUAUGUGAAAAAAUAAAGAUCAGAGAAUUACUAAUUUUGUAAAAUCAGCUUAUUUAGGAAAGAAAACCCAACAACUGUAUCCAUCAAGGAGGCACACUUAAGUGUGUGAGAAUAUGCUGACAAUAAAAUAUUGGGCCAAAUUUUGACUACUGUGUCCUUAGGCACAAACUAGAUACAAUAGGUCAAAACCAAACAGGCCACUUUCUAGACUAGAAGUAUCAGGAGUUUUGAAGAAACAUCACAAGGUGCAGUUCAGUAUCAGGUUAUGUUAUACUUUUUUACAUUUCUCUGUCCUCUGGCUCACCUUCUGUAGCAUCUGGCAACCCUGCAGUACAUGUCACAUUUUUGUUGUGGUUGCAUUGGAUACAUCUUACUUGAUUUGUUUUGUUUAUCCCCUUGAAAGCUUUCAGUUUAAACAAACCAGUUGUUGUCAAGAUGAAAUCCCAUUUUCAUCAAUAGUUACAAUUUUUUUGUUUGUCUGUUGUAGCACGGAUGACCAAAGCUAACACCUAGCCACCAGUAGAAAUGAAGACAUGUCCAAAGAUCAUAAAAUAUGACAUGAGCCCUUGUGCCUCUGUAUUAAUUAAUGGCUGCCCUCACCAACUCGUUGAUUUGGCUGCUACUUUUUGGAGAAUAAGGUCCUAUGUGUGGUCAGUCUCUUCUGAUAGGAGGCUGCUCUCCAUUUAGCAGAGGAAACCCUAUGACAUGGAGACUACCUAAACGUGAUCUCCUCAGGGCGCGUAGGGCAGGACCUGUGGCCUCCUGUGUGUGCCAGGCACAUCCCUUCAUAAGGGCAAGUCACGAGGUGAAACACAGGCAAAAGAAAGCUGCUUGUAGGUAGAUAUCGGAGUAGUGUGUGUUCCCUUGAGAGUGUGCCAUAGAGAAACGUAACUUUUCUUGCCACUUGUAAAGCUGGGGCACCACAGUUAAUUAAAAUAUGAAAAUAAGACAGUUCUCACUAACUUGGCAAUUUAUUAAAGGAAUUAUAGUGGCUUAUUGGCUCCUCAUAUGCUAGGAGGGGACUGAAUUAAAUGUGUGAAACCUUCCAUAGUGCAAAAACCCACUUGGGCUAAAUUUCUGGCUUAUCCAGGAUGUGUUGAGCCAAUGCAGGCCGCAGAGGCACUGCUGGAUCACUUGGGUGUUGCCCACCAUGUGAACGUUGUCCACAUAGGAUGCGCAACCAGAAGGUCAAAAGUGGGAACCCAGGAACAGCGAAGCGUGCCAGCCUGGCUUCACUGGGCAGCUGUGGAUUUGCUGUGGCCAGGGUUUCUGCUGACCUCUGCCACUUUGCGAUCAACAGCCUGGUUGCGAUGAGUCGUGUUGGGUUGAAGAGAUCUGCUCUUCAGAACAUGGUCAUGCGCUUGCCACCGUCUUUCUUGUGGAGACUGCAGUGAACCACUUCGCCAGGUGGCCACAGUUUGUCCUUUGGAUUUUUUUCCGAUCCAAGGAAAUGGAAGGGAAAUCCCAAAUAUUACUGAGCCACACUGAACCGGGCAGGGAAAAAAUUAUGUCUUUAAGGUCUAGUUCAAAGUUUCAAUAUUUCUGUCUGUUGCAGGUAUGUACAGAAUUGUCAGAGACUCUAAGAAGCAAUAAGGAUAAGUCAAAGAGAGGAAGUUAGGGAGGGGUAAUUUUUAUAUGUACAGAGUGCUAUAUUUAUAGAUAUUAUUUAUUCUCAUACUUGUAUUUUUUCUUACAGUACUGGAAGGCAAGAAAAUAAUUACCUUAUGUUGGAAAAUGUAUGAAUUUUGGAAGAUAAUUUUCUUGUUAGAACUCUUCUUAAAUGAUUUAUCUGUAAUUAAUGUCUACAUUCUAUCUGUAUAAUCUCAAUUAUAGGUUUUAUUGUUGAA